AUGUCUGCUGCCACGAAGCGCCUCGAGGGCAAGACUGUGCUCAUCACUGGUGCCUCGAGCGGAAUCGGAAAGAGCACAGCCUUUGAAUAUGCACGAACGGCUCCCAACAACCUCAAGCUCGUCCUGACGGCCCGUCGGAUUGAUACCCUCAAGCAGGUUGCCGCCGACAUCCAGAAGGAGGUCGGCAACGGCGUUAAGGUUCACCCCGUCAAGCUGGAUGUCAGCAACCCUGAGGAGGUCCGUCAGCUCGUGCCUAACCUACCCGAGGAGUUCCGUGACAUUCACAUCCUGGUCAAUAAUGCGGGCCUUGUCAAGGGAGUCGCCAAGGCACCUGAGAUCGCCGAGGAGGAUAUCAACGUCAUGUUCGCUACCAACGUCACUGGGCUUAUCAACGUGACGCAAGCCGUUCUCCCCAUUUUCAAGGCACGCCCCAAUGGCGGUUCAGGAGACAUAAUCAAUAUUGGUUCUAUUGCGGGCCGUGAGCCUUACCCUGGAGGUUCCAUCUAUUGCGCAACCAAGGCCGCAGUGCGCAGUUUUACCGAUAGCCUGAGAAAAGAGCUCAUCUCGACGCGUAUCCGCGUCAUUGGCAUUGACCCCGGUCAGGUUGAAACGGAAUUCUCUGUGGUACGCUUUUACGGCGACAAGUCCAAGGCCGACGCUGUCUACGCCGGCUGUGAGCCCCUCACCCCAGAAGACAUUGCCGAGGUCAUUGUCUUCACGAGCACUCGCAGAGAGAAUGUAGUGGUUGCCGACACCCUCAUUUUCCCUAGCCACCAGGGUGCUGCUGGUCUUAUCCACCGUAAAUCUUGA